GAGAGAGAGAGAGAGAGAGAGCGAGAGAGAGAGUGGGUGUGUUGGUGGUUCGGCGGCUUCACUCUCCAGCUGCUGAGCGGGUUGGAGCGCACCGACGAGGAAACAAACUGAACUCACUCCUCAUCUGAACUGUCAUUCACUCCACCUUUAACGUGAAUGAGAGUGUUUUGGGCGGAGGACACGGAAACAUGGCGGGACAGCGCUGUUUUUUCUCUUUACAUGGAGCUUUAUCGAUCUUUUUCUUCUCCGCGCUGCUGCAUCCCGGGACUGCCGGUAUGCUCCAGCUUUUCCCCAUGAGUAAGCUGUGUAAGUUCUGCGACGUGGAGCCGUCCUCCUCCUGUAGUGGCACGGGGACCUGCUUCACCAACUGCUCCAUCACAUCCAUCUGCGUGGAAGCCAGCGAGGUCUGUGUCGCUGUCUGGAGAAAGAACGAGACAGACUUCUCCAUCGAAACGAUGUGUCACGACCCGGCCAGGUCGCUGCACGGCAUUAUGCUGGACGACUACAACAGCUCCACCUGUGUGAUGAAGGAGAAGAACACGACGAGUGGGAUGGCUCACAUCUGCUCCUGUUCCGAGGAUGAGUGUAACGACAGGCUGUUAUUCUCCCCCAGUGAGUUUGUGGAUCCAACACAAGAUGAUCCGUUGGUUUCUGUGAUCCUGGUGAGUCUGCUGCCCCUCGUUGUGAUGGGGAUCAUUGUCGUGGGGAUGCUCUACUGGUACCGAGCCUAUCGGCAACGCGUGCUCAGCCGAGAAUGGGAGAGCAGCACCAAGAAACGCAAGCCAAAAGCGGGGCUGGACUGCAGCGACGCCUGUGCCAUCAUGAUGGAUGACGAUAGGUCCGACAGCAGCUCGACGCACGCCAACAGCCUGAAUCACAACACUGAGCCGCUGCCUAUAGACCUGGAUCUGCUGGUGGGAAAGGGUCGAUUUGCUCAGGUGUACAAAGGUAAGCUGAAGCAGACCACGUCGGACCAGUUUGAAACAGUGGCUGUGAAGAUCUUCCCCUAUGAGGAGUACGCCUCCUGGAAGAAUGAGAAGGACAUCUUCUCCAACACCGACCUCCGACAUGAAAACGUCCUCCACUUCCUGACAGCAGAGGAGAGGAAAGUAGAGAAACAGUACUGGCUCAUCACUGCCUUCCACCCUCGAGGAAACCUACAGGAGCACCUGACGCAUAAUGUGAUCAGCUGGGAGGAGCUGCAGGUGCUGGCCAGCUCUUUGUCCCUGGGUGUCGCUCACCUCCACAGUGACCGCCUCCCCUGUGGACGGCCAAAGGUUGCCAUAGUCCACCGAGACCUGAAGAGCUCAAACAUCCUGGUGAAGAACGACCUGACCUGCUGCCUGUGUGACUUCGGGCUGGGACUCAGUUUGGACAGCAGCCUGUCGGUGGAUGACCUCGCCAACAGUGGACAGGUGGGCACAGCGCGUUACAUGGCUCCAGAGGUGCUGGAGGCCCGACUGAACCUGGAGAAUAUGGAGUCCUUCAAACAGACCGACAUCUACUCCAUGGCGCUGGUGCUUUGGGAGAUGACAUCAAGGUGUAAAGCUAUCGGAGAGGUGAAGGACUACGAGCCUGCGUACGGCUCUAAAGUGCGAGAGCACCCCUGUGUGGAGAGCAUGAAGGACAACGUGCUGAGAGACAGAGGCAGACCUGAGAUCCCCGACAGCUGGCUCAGGCAUCAGGGCGUGGCAGUGGUCUGUGCCACCAUCAUGGAGUGCUGGGAUCAUGACCCCGAGGCCCGACUCACUGCCCACUGCGUCGCUGAACGCAUCACAGAGUUGGAGGACGAGAUGGACAAACUGUCCAACCGCAGCUCCUCAGAGGAGAAGAUCCCCGACGAGCAGAAGAUCCCGACGGACGUGGAGAUCCCAGAGAUGGUGAAAAUCACAGAAAUACAGGACAUCAUAGCCGUGGACUGCUCUGUCAGCGACGAGAAGUGAGAGGAAGCUCUGCGUACAUGGAUUUAUCACCAAGGGCACUUAUUUUACUUCUAUGGGAUUGAAGAGAGAAAUCUCGUCUCGUGAUUUCCAGGAGCUGAGCUCCUGAAUCGCAGGGUUUUUAAGUUUUGGUUACAGUGUCAUUUCUUAUUCUCACCCAGCAAAGAGGGUCUCUGGGUUUUGCUUGUGGACUUAAUCGCUUCUAUAUUGUAACUACUUGCCUUAAUCAGCUGAAAAGCUAAAGAGCCAAAAAGCCAAAGUUAACUGGAAGCUUCCAAAGAUGUGCAGAGCAUGGAGACAGUAUUUUUUUUUUAACAGUCAGACAGGCUUCUCUCUUGUUACGAGAAACAAAACAGGGCAAUGACUGUUAAACCAAAGACAUUGGAUGUGCACUUUACCAAAUGAGCAUUGCAGAUAUGAGUCUGUUUAUAUUGUCAUGUAUUCUGACACGUUGGAGUUGAAGGGAGUUUUCUCCGAGAAGUGUCCUUAUGUGUUUGACUUGAGCCAGCAGUGAUGUGCCUAAUGAAGCUGUGGGCUCUUUACCCAGCAACAGGAAUCCAAAGGAAAGUGUGUGUGUGUGUGUGUGUGUGUGUGUGUGUGUGUGUGUGUGUGUGUGUGCUUGUGUACGUGUGACAGUGUGUGUAAAAGGUGUGUUCAGACUAAAAGCGUUGUAGGUUUUUCAUGGGGCAUGAUUACAUACAAAGGAAAUCACAAAAAAAAACAGACAAAUCCUGUUGAGUUGACACGAGGUCAUGCUGCAAUGUGACUAGAAAAAAUGAUCAGCCAUGAGAUUGUGCUGACAGAGACCCCCCGUCCUGUUUCACCAGCAGGGACAGAGUUGGCAGUAGACGAGCGUGAGUCAAUAAACGAAACAUAAAAAAAAAAAAAAAAAAAUAUUCUGCAAUCAAUUUUAAUUUUGCCUGUUUGCCAAAGAAAAAAAAGUAUUUGGUUUGGAAAGUCUGUUGGUUCUCUUUCAGUCGUUCUCUCAGAGACAUCACUUUGUAAGCGUGCCUUAGUGGGCGGGACUGUCUCUCCUUCCCGUCGUGAUGUCAGGGCUAACGGUUGGACAGGAAGGAGAUCCCUAAAAAAAAAACAUGUAUGAAACAUGUUUGAGCAUAAACAGGCUCCUGCCCAGGUGAACAGAAAGCUGAGAACAACAAAUCCAGGGGGAAGUUAUUACUCCACAAUAUAUUAAGAUCGAGCAUAUUAGAUUUCUGCAUCUUCAGAAUGUCCCAUAAUUGUUCCUUUAAACCUCAUCAACUCAAGCAGAGACUGACUUACCGAAAAGGACGUCAAAUUGGUCAACCUUAAGUGGCUUGUGCAACAAAGCUGUGUGCAGUGUGCACCUUUAGACAAUUACAUGAAGCCAGUCAUGACCAUCUGUAAGGGCCAAAGUUGAUUGUGUCGUGUUUCUCGAUUCUGCAGUCAAACUCUCACAGGUGACAUAAAGCAAACAUCCUCUUCUCUUUUGGUCUGAACACAGUGAAACGUGUGUUUUUUUUUUAUCACCCAGCUAUACUUAAAAACCUUGUUUGCCAGAAAAGGCGAGCACAAUGUAAAUAAGACAAUAACUGUAAAUAAGAGAGAAAUCAGCCAAAAAAAGGGAAAGACUUCUUCCUCCGUCGUUUCUUUGAAUUCAGAGAUGAAAAGUCCUCAUGGAGAAGUAUUAUAAAGCCAUUUUCUAUGUUUUCUGUCUAUAUCAACAGGAGUGUGCCAAAGAUAUUAUAUCCUGCCUCAAUACGGUUUGUGUCAUAUGUAAAAUAGUGUAAAUCUUUUAUGAAUUAAAGAUAUUUCUGUAUACUGAG